AUGGAUGUACCAGAAGCUGAAACAUUGCACGGGAAGGUCCAAUUGAGACAAAAGGAACACAGAUUACGCGUUCUUAACCUCGCUAUUAAAUAUCGCAAUAGAAAGGUAAGAGUAAUUAAUUUUCUCCUGCUUUUUUUUUUUCGAUCCCAAACGAAGAGACCUUUAAUUUUUUACCAAAAAAGAGAGACAUUUGAUUCCUGAAAAGAAAAAUAAAGAACAAAGAACAAAAAAGUGCCGUAUAAAAUUAUAUGAUUAUUGCUAAGUUUAGUUUUGUACGAUGACCCCAGUAUUUUGUUAAAGUAGAUUUGGAGAGCAAAAUCCUUUUUCCGGCCAUCAUGAUUCACCUCUUUCGAACGCAAACGUAUUUCCGGUCGUCGCAUCUUGCCACCCUAAAACUUCCUGUCGAGAGAAGGGACGACCGGAAAUACGUCUUCCGCGAGGUAGAAAAAAGCACCAGAAAAGGCUUCUGUCCGUCAUAGAUGAAAAUAAUGUUACAUUCUUUUUUUUUUCGCCUUUAUUUUUGUGCCAUACUGGCCAACACGUAUCCGGAUAUUUUAAAAACCGCAACUUUUUCUUUCCGGAAUCAAAAAUUUCCACGUCCACACGUAUCCGUAUAUCAAUCGAAUUUGCCCUUCAACACGUAUCCGACACGUAUCCAGAUUCACUCUAUUACCCAGGACUCCUCUGUGAAUAUUGGCAACAGAGCAUGCGUCGUAACGCGAGCGCAAAAUUUGCGUCUUACAAUUUAAAUCGACGAGUAAGAGAGAGAACCGGGGAACGAGGUUGCCACGAAGCAGUAUUCACGGUAAAGAACUGGGCUCGAUCUUGUUAAGUCACCGGAUUAAAAAAAUAUCCGGAUUUAAUUUAGCGCCCACACGAUUCCAGAUUCAUAGCGUAAUCAAAAAUUUCCACUCAGGAGAGCAGAUUAAAAAAGUUGCGGAUUCGUAUGCUGGUUUCACCGAAUACGUGUGGACGGGAUAUGUAAUAUUUUUGCAAGCUUUUCUCGAAAAGGGUUUAAUCUUCUGAAAAGAAACAACAAAGCGUUUACUUUCCUUUGUCUGUAAAGUCUUUUUAAAACAGAGGCUGCAUUUUUGUCCAUUAGCAUUUUUCUAAGCUUCAAUUUGAGGCGCUACUUAAGGGACUGAUUGUUACUUUGAUAAAGAAUUAAGGAUUGUUCUGGGAGCAUCAACUUUUAAUUUUAACGUUCGGGCUUUCUAGGAGUCGUUACAGUAACUCUGGAAGCUAAGCAUUUCAGUGGUGUGCGUCAAUAUGAAAAAAAAAAAAAACACCACUACAUCAGUCUAGUGGGUAACUGACUUUUAAGUACUGGCCUCACCAUUACUGAAAGAUGGGUAUCUUAAAUGACAGGAACAAGAUAGAAAUCGAAACCGCGAAAAUGCUAAUAGGUUUAUGUCUUUUAGUUUAUAGCUCAUCCCUACAGCCAAGUUAUGCUGAACACGAUUGCUUACAAGGGGUCUGGAAAAUGGAAUCAACUCUCCUUCAAAACGAAAUUUCUUCUGAUGAUAUUGUAUACACUUUUCAUGCCACUUUGCAUGCUGGGAUACAUGUUCACUGCCCCCAACCGUCUGACAAAGAAGAUGGAGACUUCUCUGUGCAAGCUCUUGGCUUUGGUGGCAAUGUCGGCCUUCCAAGAUAAAUAUGACUCUUUCCUGCGCUUAUCACCACUAAGUGAGUUUGAAUACAAGUCUAUACUAUAAGCCACUUUGUCAUGCUAUUUGCUAUCUUUUUAAAAAGCUAAUUUUUUGUCGCAUCAACUGAAUUCCAAAAAUAGCGGUCCAUUUAUGUCAUUCAGUUAAGACUAGUUUAGUGUAUUUUGCAUUGAAACUGUUUCUCGUCGUCUGUUGCUACAGAUUAAAAGGAUGGACUUGAAAAAGUUCACAAUAAAAUGUUAUGGUUAGUGCUCCUUGGUGAAAUGAUUUGCUUGAUAUCUUCAUAACGCUGAUCAGAAGAAACAUUUUGUGUAUGGGUAAAGGUACUUGUACAAAAAAAGCAAUUAAUCCUGUGUCAAAACCCCUUAAAAAAUAGCUCUUUCUCGUUAGAGAAACGAGAAAGCCGUUAACCAAGGAACCAACGACUCUCGAGAUUUCUCAACAGAGAGUUUUUUCAUUGUAUACGCGCUAAGGAAUCGUGCACCGGAACACUGACGACUUCGCACAAGUUCGUAGGGCCAAAUAUCCUCAAAUUCUUAUACUCUUCCCUCCUGUUGACAGUUAAUCACAUGGCGUUAUCUCAGUGAAGAGAGCCGAUCUAUGAAGGUGUAAAACAAACUUGGUUUGAAGAUACGUACCCGAGAUGAAUAAUCUUAGUGUUUUCAUAGGGUUUGCAAUCCACCUGCUCUACAUAAUGCAAUACUUGACAAGGCAAAGAAGUUUUAGUAUUUGCUUAACCCCUCAUUUGAGUAAUGAAUUACGAGAACUAAACGAGACAUAAUAGGACUAACUUGACUAACUUGGAAUUAUUACUAAAUGUUCCAUAUUCCAAAACAAAUACGUCCUCUAACUUCCUUUGAUUUAGCUCUGAAUUGGGGUCUUUUUUGUUAAAAAAAAACCGCUUCAGAACAUCAUUACGGGUCUAAUUUAGGUCAUCUCAGCUGGUAAUCACUUUAUUAAUUUUGUUUGGGCCCACGAGCGUUGAUAAGUCCAGAUUAGCUUGGAACAGUUCAUGAUAUAGCUACGUUCGUUCAAAUUAUGCUUAAUGAGUCAAGCAUUUACCCCGUAGGAAUAUUUAUUCAUUUACUUAUUUAUCUAUUUUUAUAGCUGUUAUUAUUGGUAUCUGGGUGGUUGGUAUAAUAGUACAAGAAAUAAAGCAAGCCAUGUUUCAAAAAGUUGUUUAUUUACAAAUGCAAAUUAAGCUUAAGUCUUGCGCUACUUUAUUUAGUUCACUUGUUCAUAAAUAAGCUUAAAAUUAAAUUUAAUAAUCUUUUUUACAGAAUUAUUUUAAGUACAAACAGAAUUCACAACUCCUUUUGAAGAAACUUCCCCGCAAGAGCUAAACAAACGCCUUCAAAAGUUUUAUUUCUCGCUAAGAAAAAGCGACGACCACGGCCGUUCGGUCAUCGCACGCCAAAAUUGUAAUCGUUGGCAACAGUAAAUGAGUUAAAAAUCAUCAUUUUGUGCUCAAUUAUCUCACUGUUUUAGUAUAUACUAAAACAAUUAUUCACCUCAGUGUCGGUGGCUAGCCACCUCCACUUCGGUGAAUAAUUGUUAUUUAUUAAACUAGAACAUCGUUUUAUCGAGGAUCGUUAAAUUGCGGUUCCACUAAGUGUAUAUGUGAGCUAACAGAUAGCUUGUACAUGUUCUUUUAACAGAAUCGAGGGAACCGUGGAGACAUUGUUUUGGGCAUUGUUCGGACAUGUCGAAUUUCCUGCUUUUGAAACGGACGAGAACUCAAAGAUUACCAUGGUUACAGGACAGAUUUUGUUCGCAGUAUACAGCCUCGCUUCCAUACUGGUUGUACUAAACCUACUGAUCGCUAUGCUCAAUAACUCAUACAAGAAGGUUGAUGUAAGUGCAAUGUUGUGUCUACACAAAUCGGUUUAUGAUAAAAUUGUAAACGCAUACAAACUAACGUGCCAAUGGAUGGGUCACACAAGAACAGUAUAAUUGAUAUUGCGCCAACAUCCCUUUCCACGUGUUCUCAGCCAUAAAAGGAGAAGUUUGCAUGUAAUAUCACAGUAACACGUACGUACAUAGCAUAAGUAAAUAUUGCAACCCUGGAAAUAAUAAUUAAUAAUAAAGAAAAAUGUGGUUAGCUUACGAAAGGGUGAGGAAAACAUAUCAUGAAGACUUGUGUUUUUCGGCCAUCGUAGUUUAAACAAAAAUGAAACACCAGCAGCGGUGAUAAACGUUGUGAAAGUUCGUAUUUUGAUAAGUGACGUAUCGUAUGCUAGUCAACAACCAUUUUCAAAAGUGUUCUAAAUUGACCUUUACAGAUUAUGACGAGACUAUUUACACAAAAUUUACAAGGGGUCUGGGAGUGAGAUUAAGAAGACAAAAUUCUUAACAGUUAUAAUUACAUAAGGCAACAGCUAACAAAGCAUCAGCUUGUCACUGCUGAUGUUGACCUAGUGUUGUGCUUGACCCGCUAAUUAAUAACAGACGAAUAAGUGCUUUGCUUCAUUUUAUCCGGUCACAACCUUUACUUUUAUCGUUGAAAGAAGUUGAAAACAUGAUUUUCAUCAAAAAAUGACUUGACCAUGCGCUAUUUGUGACGUCAUAUUUCCUAACCAUAGACACUGGUCGUCACUAAACUUGUCUCAAAAUGCGCGCGAGGGAAAAACGAACUGCAACUGAAAAAGUCUGGGGCUGAUGUUUCAUUGUCUAGGAAUUCUCAGUGGUCUUGUACGUCAGAGGUUAAAACUUUGGCCGGAGUUCAGCCCACGCCAAAACUUUACGCGUUCUUAUUUUGAAAGUGAUUUGCGUUGUGAAGUAUUCUGAAAUGAACUGAGCUUAUUACUGUGUGAUAAAUAAUACCAGGUAUAUUACCUUUAAGGAGAUUUACUUCAGUCGCUUCGAAAUCCCUGUUUUUAUUACACAGUGCAGUUUUCUAAUACAACACUUGUUGGAGAUCGACACGACAUCUAGUUCCAAAGACCUUUGCCUUAAAUUACCUUGAUGUUAUAAGUAUUUUAUACGUCUAUAUUUGCUUUCUUUCAGAAAGAGAAGGACACUAAAUUCAAGUUUGCGAGGACGCGUCUCUGGAUGUAUUACAUCAGUGAAGUCAGUCCUCUACCACCGCCAUUUAACCUGAUACCAGUAGAAAAAAUUGCCUCCGCAGUCCGUUGGCUUGCUAGAAGAUACAAUUGGGUUAAAAAAGUAAGUAAGUAAGUAAGUAAGUAGCAAAGCCUCACCGCACGCACAUGAAAAAUGAUUUAAAUGUUAAGAAAUUAAAAAGGAAUUAAUUUUUUGGUAAAAACUAAAACAACUAUGGACACGAACCAAGGUCACAAGUUUUUAAAUCUACUAAAUAUUUCUUACGAUAAUCGAUCUAUAAUUUAUAUUAUCGAGACACAUGUUAGGAGACGUAAAUGCGCAUGUUUCUUUGGUUUUUAUUCUCGUACAAAUAGUUUCUCAAGCUUUACGCCUGAAAACUGUCCGGAUAGGUUGCAUACUUGGCCUGAAAUAAAAACGCGCCUUUUCUUUCGCUUGCUGUCGUCGUUUUUGUUGCCGUUGUUUGGCUACUUCAAACACUGUUUUCAUGGUAUUAUCCUUAGAGUCUUUUGUAUUCCUUUUUUAGUGUCUUGGUUGUAUCAAAGCAGAAGAAAUUAAAUCAGAUACAGUUAAAACUAAUCAGAAAAGGGUAAGUAUAUCAAUUUUUAGAAAAUUAGAAUGAACCUUUAUUCUCGUCAUAUAAGUAAGAAUAGUGAUAACCAAAGUAAAUCAACCUCAAUAAAAGCGCCGGUCUCAGAGAAAAUGUACCUUCGACCAGGAGGGCAGAAAGCAGGCUCUCCUAUAAAAUUUCUGGGGUUCUCCUUGAAAAUUCCCUUUUAGAAGUGCUAAGUCUAAAACAAAGCAGCAGGACUAGCUCAGUAAGUAGAGCGCUCGACUGCAGAGCAAGAGUGUCGCGGUUUCGACCCUUAGGGUCUGGCCAGUAUAGCUGACAGGGUCCACAAGAUACUGCGAAAUAAAUGUUUUGCCUUUGCUUUGCGAAUGGCUGGUCCUUUGCGUGGCUCGAACGAUGACCACGUAAAAUGGCAGUCCUAUCUCCAGUAUGGAAACGUAAAAUACAGUUGUCAAAUUGUACUUUCGUGCUCAAUACAUUGACACUGCAAUAAAGCGCGCUUUUUAAAAUUUUGAUCGGCAAAUUCUCAUUUGAAAAAAUGAGUCGUGUCAUAAAUCGCUAGGUGAUCAUUUAAUAACUUAGCUAGACAGUGCAGUGUUCUCAGUCGAGGACGAGCGAAACUAUAUAAGGCUUUCAAAUUUCAAAAGCUUUUUCACAUAAGGGCAUUAUUCUUCAGCGAAUAAUCUAUAAAGAAUUAGAACGGAAGCAUGGGAGGCAGGCAUGGAAGAAGAAGCGUUAGUAACAAUGAAAUAGUUAAGCUCGCCAAUUAUUAACAUCGUUUUUAAAAAUUUCCCUAUAAACGUAAGCCAUGUUCGACAAGUCGUUACAAGGUAACUAUUUUGCAUCCUUUGCUUUCUCAUUCUUUUGUCUUUUACAUUCUCCUCAUUUUUUUUUUAAUUUUUUAUUUUUAUUUUUUGAAGUAACAGUGAGUGCUAUUUAUUUCUCGGUUCUGUACCUGAAUACCAUGCAUAGAGUAGAUGGCCUGCAUAUUGAAGGUCCUGAACUUAACACUUUGAACUUAGUUAUCAUGAUAUUUAGUCGAAAUAGUAAAAGAGUUGUUUGACUUACAGUUUGAUUAACCACGCUUUGUUUGUUUUUGUUUUCUGUUUAGCGACGUGUCGUUAUCAAAAAUUUGAUACAUCGCUAUUUUUCUGGUAAACAAAAUACACUAAGGAAGGAGCCUGAUAAGAAUACCACCCCCUCAGACGAGGAUACCCCUGAGGAGGAAGAUGAGGUACAAACCAAGCUGAUGGAGGUCACUAAAACAUUGCAAAGCCUGCAAAAAGCAGUUCAUCAGUUUCGCCGUAAGACACCAGCGGUAAGAAUAAGGGAAGACGAGCUCUUUUUCCUUAAACUUUGUUUCAAUUUGUUUUUGAAGAUGAACAUGAAUAUGAAAGCCAUGAAAGUAGCUUAUUAGGAGCCAAGGGUCCCUUUGUAUCCUAAUUACUAACGUAAACCUAUUUUUGUUGUUUCAGGAAAAAUCGCGAUACCAAACCAAGAAACUGAAAUAA